AUAACUGGUACACUAUUUUCGUUGCCAGACAUAACGCUAGCUCCACCAUCAUCAUCAUCCUCAUCACCACCUCCAUCAUCAUCGCCACAGGUUGAUGUGAACAUCUUCGUCCAUACAUCAGGAGCAUAGUUUCUUCGUCGGCGUCGUCGGACGACAGAAGGGGGCGGGCGAGCGGAAGCUGUAAUAAGAUGAAGAAACGUUAUGUGGACGCGAGCAGGCUGCGGAAGAUGAAGAAGCUGAAGAUAGGCGAGAGGCUGUCGGAGAGCGCAUACACCUUCCUGAAGUUUAUGGCCAUGUGGAUGUUGGUGCUGCUGGCGGAUUUCAUCCUGGAAUUCCGUCUGGAAUACCUGUGGCCAUGCUGGCUCUUCUUUGGGAGCGUCUACACUACUUUCCACUGCCACGGGCUGGUUAUUUGUGCUGUUUUUGUUUGUGCCGCCUUCACCCUUGACGUCUUUUGUUUGAUUUUUGUUCCGUUGCACUGGCUCUUCUUUGUGGCCAGCACCUACGUCGUAUUCAAUUACAUCUGGCACACAGAGAAGGGCAUCUGCAUAUCCACAGUGUCCUUGUGGAUUCUUCUCGUGUACACGGAGGCUUCGCUUCGGCUCAAAGACCUUAAAAGCUCACAUGCCAACCUCUCUCAUCUCUUUGCUGCUCACUGCAUCGGAUAUCCCGUGGUAUAUCUGGGCUUUGACGUCACCUGCUACUUCACCAACAUCUUCAAGCUGCGCAUACAGAAAGCCGUGCAGAGCGACAACGACUUCCACAUGCACCUGCUGCAGCACUCGCUCCCGCCAGGUCUGCCGCUUUACCCCAAGAUGGCGGCCGACAAUUGCUACUCUAAAUGGAAGACAAGGGCUGAGUCCAGUCAGUAUCAGUGCCAAAACAGCGCUGUUCUAGUCGCCGAUGAGUCCCACACCACAGGCUGCCUCCAGAUUGCUAGCGAGGAGAAACCGACUGAGAAAGCCGCACCGGAAAUCAGGUCUGCUGACUUGAGCCGGAAGCCAUUGUUGUUCAAAAACUGCUCAGGCGAGUCCAGAGAGCAGAUCCCUGGCGGGACACCGAGACCAGAAUCCUCCGCAACCCCAGAGAAACUACCUCAGGAGGAGCAGUGCAGCAAAGCCCCCCGGGCAGCGAAAAACUCCUCGCCAAAGGCCCGUGGGACCACCACCACGCCUUCGCCCCCUGCUGGCAGGGCGGAGAAGAAACAACGAGGCAACUGGAAGACAGUCAGCCCAAACCGGGACGCAGCAGACAAAAACGCCACAUCGGCUCAGAAUCAGCACGCUGAGCAGUUAAGCAGACUGGAGCAGGAGGUGAGGAAGCUCAGGGGCGAGCUGCAGGUGAGCCGUCACGGCGAGCAAGAACUGCGCAGUCACGUCUGCAACCUGACCAACAGCGAGAGGAGCCUGAGGCCUGAAGUGUCUCUGCUGAGACAGUCCAACAUGCUGCUGCAGAGCAAGAUCCUGUGUUUGACCAAAUCCAAGCAGCGGGACAAGCAGACCAGCGCCAUGCUGGAGAAGAAGACACGCGCCGAGACGGAGGCCAGACUGUCGGUGGAGAGGCUGCUGGUGGAGCUUCAGGCGCACAAACCAGAUGAGGCGGCGAGGAGUUUGACCAGCAGACAGGAGAGCACUGAAAGCCAAAUGUUAAGGAAAAGAGUAAAAGAUCUAGAGACAGAAUACAAACAACUACAGCUGGAGGGUCAAGUCAAAGAGAGUCGAGUGGUAGAUCUAGAAAAUGAUGUGGAGGCUUUGGGAAAGUACCGCUGUGUGGAAAAGGACACGGACCUGCUGCUGUCCACGCUCUCCAUCUUGCAGGAGAAGGCUCAGCAUCUGGAGUACAACCUGAGUGCGGAGACGCGCAUCAAGCUGGACCUGUUCUCAGCACUGGGAGACGCUCGCAGACAGCUAGAGAUCGCUCAAGGUAAACUGAUGAAACAGGAACAGGAAAUCAGCAACAUGAAGCAGAAGAUCGCUGAGGUGAUGGCUGUCAGCCCCGCCGUGUCCUACUUGGCUCCUCGGCCCGCCGUGCCGCAGUAUCUCACCAAGCUGCUCACCUCGGAGCGCUACAUGCUCAACCCACGAGCCCUAAUGUACCAGUGUCUGAAGAAGUAGACCUGAGGGGGAGGGGCUUGACGUGGAAGUGACAUCACCGUGUUGGCGGCUUCCAGCCGUAAGUAGACAGACCUCAGACAUCUUCCACGCGUCACCGCGCCUUUUUGCUGCGCGACUGAUGCUAACCAUUAAUGUACUACACCACACUUUAAUUUCUACACAAUUCGAUCCAACUGACUAAAAUCAUGGAGAUGACAGAGAUAAAGCCCAUUUUCAAUGACAAUAGCCCAUAAUUGUAUAAUUGUGAAUCAUAUAAAUACAAUCCAAACAUGGAUUUAUUCAGUUGCUUUGUUUUUUUAAAAAGACAUAUAACAUCACUGGGGGGAAAAAAACAAAAAAAACAUGUAUCUCCACAUUUAGUUGGAAAAAAAGAUGUUUUUAUUUCUUCUAAAAUCCCGAACAAAAACUAAAAAUAUAAUUUCAUAUUUAUAUUUAUUUUAUGUUAUUGAAUAUUUUAAUAUAUUAUUACUAUUUAUUGUAUUCUUAUUUUUGACAAAAAAUACAUUAAGUGUUUUGCAUCUUGAGCCCCCAAGCAAAAAUGUGAUCAAGAUACACUUUAAUAUUUCUUUAUUAGUUAUUAUUAACAAUUCUGGCAUAUUAUUGCCAUUGAUCUUUUUUUGUAAUUUGUUUAAGUAAUUUUUAAUCCAAAAAACCCAGCACAAAUGUUAUUAAACAUAAUUCAAUAUCUAUGUUUGUUAUUAAAUAUUUUGGUUAAUCAUUGCUAUUCUUGUUUUAGUGUAAAAAAAAAAAUUUUAAUUAAGUAUUUAUAAUUUUCAAAAGAGGAAAAAAAUUAACAUUUUAAUUUGUAUGAAAAACAAGAAAAAAAUGUUUUUUAUGGGAUUCUUUUUUAUAAUGUGAGAUUUAAAAAAUAAACAGUACCGUAUUUUUCGGACUAUAAGUCGCAGUUUUUUUUCAUAGUUUGGCUGGGCUCCAGUUCAACUUAUAUAUGUUGUUUUCCUUCUUUAUUAUGCAUUUUCGGCAGGUGGGACUUACACUCCGAAAAAUACAGUACUUGUAAUUCUUUUUUUUUUUUUAAGUAACAUAGUUAAAGAUAUGUAUUUUUUGUUUUUCAGAUGGAAAUAAAAAUGCAGAUAUUAAAAAAAGUUGUGAUUUUUCAGAAAGAGAAACUAAUCAAAAAUAUAGUUUUUGGGGGGCUGAUGGAAAUCCUCAGUCUGAUUUGUUAAAGGGGAACAUUAUCACCAGACCUAUGUAAGCGUCAGAAAAAAGACCAUAUAUUUUUUUAACCGAUUUCCGAACUCUAAAUGGGUGAAUUUUGGCGAAUUAAACGCCUUUCUAAUAUUCGCUCUCGGAGCGAUGACGUCACAACGUGGCGUCACAUCGGGAAGCAAUCCGCCAUUUUCUCAAACACCGAGUCAAAUCAGCUCUGUUAUUUUCCGUUUUUUCGACUGUUUUCCGUACCUUGGAGACAUCAUGCCUCGUCGGUGUGUUGUCGGAGGCUGUAACAACACGAACAGGGACGGAUUCAAGUUGCACCAGUGGCCCAAAGAUGCGAAAGUGGCAAGAAAUUGGACGUUUGUUCCGCACACUUUACCGACGAAAGCUAUGCUACGACAGAGAUGGCAAGAAUGUGUGGAUAUCCUGCGACACUCAAAGCAGAUGCAUUUCCAACGAUAAAGUCAAAGAAAUCUGCCGCCAGACCCCCAUUGAAUCUGCCGGAGUGUGUGAGCAAUUCAGGGACACGGUAGCACGGCAAGCAAUGGCGGCAGUUUGUUCCCGCAGACGAGCGAGCUAAACCCCCUAUCGACCCUAGCUUCCCUGGCCUGCUGACAUCAACUCCAAAACUGGACAGAUCAGCUGUCAGGAAAAGAGCGCGGAUGAGGGUAUGUCUCCAGAAUAUAUUAAUUGAUGAAAAUUGGGCUGUCUGCACUCUCAAAGUGCAUGUUGUUGCCAAAUGUAUUUCAUAUGCUGUAAACCUAGUUCAUAUUUGUUAGUUUCCUUUAAUGCCAAACAAACAUACCAAUCGUUGGUUAGAAGGCGAUCGCCGAAUUCGUCCUCGCUUUCUCCCGUGUCGCUGGCUGUCGUGUCGUUUUAGUCGGUUUAGCUUGCAUACGGUUCAAACCGAUAUGGGUCAAUGGCUUCAGUUUCUUCUUCAAUUUCGUUUUCGCUACCUGCCUCCACACUACAACCAUCCGUUUCAAUACAUUCGUAAUCUGUUGAAUCGCUUAAGCCGCUGAAAUCCGAGUCUGAAUCCGAGCUAAUGUCGCUAUAGCUUGCUAUUCUUUUCGCCAUGUUUGUUUGUGUUGGCUUCACUAUGUGACGUCACAGGAAAAUGGACGGGUGGUUAAAAUCAGGCACUUUGAAGCUUUUUUUAGGGAUAUUGCGUGAUGGGUAAAAUUUUGAAAAAAACUUCGAAAAAUAUAAUAAGCCACUGGGAACUGAUUUUUAAUGGUUUUAACCAUUCUGAAAUUGUGAUAAUGUUCCCCUUUAAAAAAAAAAAAAAAACUAGACAAAAAAAAAAAUCUGGAGACCAAAAAUUAAAUGUAUUUCAGGUAAAAAUGUAAAAAAAAAUCUAGAAUAUCUAAAAUAUAGUUCAAUUUGUUACUUUUAAAAUAAAACUAAAAAUACUUAUAUUUGGAGAUAUCAGAAGUUUUGUGUUGUAUCAAUACCAGAUAUCAAACAUAAAAAAGAAAUGCUAUUUUGGUGUCAAAGAUUAAAAUAGUUUUUUUUCAGAUAAAGAUAAAAACUUGACCGAAUGUGUAAGUAUUAGGGCUGUCAAAUGAAUAUUUUUUCAGAUUAAUCACAUUUUGGAAUGUGGAUUAAUCAUGAUUAAUCAAAGGUGAUUACCGGUACUUGCUGGCAUGAUUCAAAUGGUCUUAAGAAAUGACCCCAAUGUGUGUACAAAAUUGCAAUUUUAUUGUCAGAAUGUCAUCCAGGAACAUUUUUAAACGUACUUAAACGCAUGUUAUUUAUUCGUACACAACUUGGUAACAGUUUUAUCUAAAGUUCUUUCAGGAUGUAUUUUGAAGGGAAAUUUGCCAGUCAGAGUGAACUCACUCAUUUUUGUAAUGACAUAUGCAUUGAUAGCGGUUAAGGUAAAAGACCAUGUAUGGUCAAAAGAAAUUACAUGAUUUAUCUGUGUAUAUACAUGAUUAAUUUAAUUAUUUUUUGUAAUUAAUCACAAGUUAACUCAUUAUUUUUGACAGCCCUAGUCAUAUUAAUAAACAAACAUUUUUUCGCGAUUAAAAAAAAGAUGUGGUGAUACAUGUUUUUAUUUUAUUUCAUUUGUCGUUCACAGUAAGAACUCUGUUGGUUUAUUACACUAAGGCAGCUGGGGUCAAAGACCAAAUGAAUGAAUGAAUGAACGACGUACCAGUGAUCCCUUUUGCCCCGAUUAAUUUUUGAAAGAUGUUUGGAUUUUCCAACAGUUUUUCCUUACAAGACAAUUCUUUUCUACUGGUUGUAGGUUGUUUGUAAGGAUGUUGACUCUGCGAGGUGCAGACUGAAUGAGGACGUGCUGUAUGUACAGUACGGACCAAACGAAUGACUGUGCCUAAAGACAUUACUUUCAAAGUGGAUGUCAUGUGUUCAGCAAUGAAGUGCUACAGUUUGUAUUGUUUGUGGACUUCAUUUGGAUUUUUCUACUCACCGUGUACAGAAUUGAUCUGGAAAACACUCCAGAGAAGUAGAACCGUCGCCUUUUUUGUUGUUGUUGCUUUUUAUUUAGAGUGUUGUUUCUAGGGUGUUUUAUAUCGAAACUAUUUUUUAGUCUCGCUGUACUUUUUAUUAUUAUCAUUAUUACUGUUAUACCUCUUUUGUCAGCAUGAACGUAUAACGGAGGAGCACACAUUGUGACGUUGAAAAGUACGUAUUUGGACAAGGGCUACUGAUUCUUCAAAUGUUCAUGAAGGACGUUUUUUUUUGUAUAAAUAAUUGCAAUUACUCUAAUUUCCAUGCAUCAUUUCCCACACCUCCUGCUUUUUGUCAACAGGCAGGAAAUAUGAGUGUCUAUUCAUAGUGCAAAAAAAAGCAAGAGAGUCCAAACAUGGUUAAAAAAAAAAACAUUUUACUUUGCUUUGUCACCUAUAACACAAAGCUAAAAAAUGUAUGUUUUAUUCAAAUAGCUUAGAAUCAACUUUUUAACUCUGCUUAUGUACCAAAUGUGUUUGCGUGUGACCAUGCAGCAACAAAAAAGCUGCCAUGAAAACGGGCAUUCAAAGAUCCGUAGACAGUCAUUUUAAGAUGACAUAUAUUGAUCAUCACUUACUGACAUUAUAGCAGCAAUGUUAUAUAACGAGAUGUAUAAAUGUCAGCCUUUAUUUCGACAAAUGUAUUUUAUAAUAUUAGUUUAUAUAUUGUAAAUGUAAAAAUACAAAAUAAUACAAUAGGUCAAAUGCCAUACAUACCGGUAAUAACUUAUUCAUGACAAAGCCAGGAACAAAACCAAGAUUUGUAGGAUGCCUUUGAAAGAUGGAGACCAUUGAAGGCAGAGAAGAUUUUUUUGAUAUGACGCCAAACUUGCUAAUUUCCUCCUUGAUAGGUAAGUCAGGCAUUUACG